CCCCACCCCCUCUGUCAGACGGCCCCGCCUAAUCUCCCCGCCCCCUGCGAUACGGAGGAACCAAUGGGCUAAGAAAAUCAGGCCAGGAGUCUGACGUCAUCACGACCAGCCAAUAACCGAGCACGUUGGUGGGAGGCCUCACGGAGGGCGCGCCCGGAGGAAGGAAGACUGGAGAAAGGAAGCUUGAAGUCAAGAUGGACCCUUCCAGUUGCUCCGCGGCCGCCGUGGGGAACGGGGACUUGGGGUCCCAGCGGGACCGGAGCUUGGUGCCUGAGCGGCUUCAGAGGCGAGAACAAGAGCGGCAACUGGAGGUGGGAAGGCGAAAGCAAAAGCGGCAGGACCAGGAGGUGGAGGAGGAAAAGAGCGACUAUUUCGCCGCCGCCUUCUCUCGGGAGCGAGCGGCGGUGGAAGAGGUUCUGGAGCGCGGGGAGUCCGUCGAGUGCCUGGAGGAGGCGGCCUCCCGGCUCCAGGGCCUUCAGAAACUUCUCAACGACUCGGUUUUGUUUCUGGCGGCCUACGACCUGAGGCAGGCACAGGAGGCGCUGGCGCGCCUGCAGGCGGCCUUGGCCGAGCGGCGCCAGGCACUGCAGCCCAAGAAGCGUUUCGCUUUCAAGACCCGGAGAAAGGAUGCUGCUUCGGCCACCAAGGUAGACGCGGCUCCUGGCGCUCCGGCGGCGGAAAGUAUCCCGGCCUCCCCGCCGUCCUCGAAGGAGGAGGGAGACUCGGACUCCACUUGGGUCUGCGGCUUUUCCAAUCUGGAAUCCCAAGUCUUGGAGAAGAAAGCUGAGGAAUUGCGCCAACGCGAUAUCCUUUUGACCGAACUGAGCAACUGCAAGAUCAAACUGUAUGGCAACCCCAACACCCUGCGGCUACACAAGGCCCGCGGCUGCACGGUCCUCUGUGGGCCAGUGUCCACCUCUGUCUUCCUGGAAGACUGCCGUGAUUGCGUGCUGGCCGUGGCCUGCCAACAGCUCCGCGUGCAUACUACAAGAAACACCCGCGUCUUCUUGCAGGUGACUAGCAGGGCCAUUGUAGAGGACUGCAGCGGGAUCCAGUUCGCCCCUUACACCUGGAGCUACUCGGGGAUUGACGAGGACUUCGAAGGUUCCGGUUUAGACAGGAGCAAAAAUAACUGGAACGAUGUUGACGACUUCAACUGGCUGGUCCGGAAUGUGGCCUCCCCAAACUGGAGUGUUCUUCCUGAAGAAGAGCGAAUGGUCCAGUGGGACUAAGCAGUUGCCACUCUGUUCUUCACUCUUACCAAAUGCUUCCCAUGUGGGAAUAAGUCCACCGAACAAGAUGUCCAUGUUUACUUGCUGUUAUUGCACUAUCUAGGCUUUCAGUGUUUAAGAUUUGACAUUGUGAUAGGCUCUUAGCCAUGACAGGUCUGUAAAGCAUGAUGGCAGUCAUGCUUUUGGAGAUAUCUCGCAGGGGUUACUUUGUUAGCUCUGUUAAAAACACAGGUCCCCAAAUAGAGUCACUUAUGCAGGUCACCAAACUGAGACUUAACACUUUUCAUUUUUCCCAGAAUUGGAGUCUUAGAGGAUUCAUCUCUCUGCCCAGCAUGAGGGAGGUCAUCUACUUUAGACCCUUACGGGCCCCUAAAGGAGAGUAACUUUGCCACAGUCACUCCACUCUUAGUUAAUGUAAUUUCCUUGUGCUUAUUCCCUCCUGCCUAUAAAAGUCCUUCGUUUUGUACAGCUCCGGGAGAGCUCCUACCUGAUAGAUGGAUGCUGCUCAAUUUGGUGAAUCAUUCAGUAAAGCCAGUGAGAUCUUUGAAAUUUACUCAGUUGAAUUUUAACAGUUGGAAGCAAUAAGGGGGAAACGUGUGUUUUUAAUGCCUAUAUUAUUUAAAACAUUGCAUGAGAAACUAGGCUUUCCAGAAAUACUGAAUAAAUUAAGUAGGGCACUAGAAGGAGAAGUUAAUUUGAAAGUGUGCAGAUGACUGGCAACUGGGGAAUUCUUUCGAUUGAAGGUUUGACUUCUACACGCAUUUCUCAGCAGGGUGCUGGGAAGACUCUUCUUUGGUCUUCAAAUACACACUAGCUUCAGCUGGAUUCCAGCUUUUCAUUUACUUGUUUGGAUACAAAAUUUAGACAUGGUCACAGGACCCAUACGACACUUAACUGUAGAGGCCAAAUAAUUAUAGCUACCGACUUUGUGCACCUAAAAUGUCAACCAUCAUCCUAAGCACCUUAUUCAUAUAAACUUAGUACAUCCUCAGCAUCUUAAGAGGUUAGCACCAUUUUUCAAGUGAAGACACAAUAAGUGCCCAAGGUCAAAUAGCUCAAGUGGUGAACUGGGAUAUGAAACAGGCAGUCGGACUCCAGAGCUGUGCCUUCUUUACCACUACAUGAUGGUGAUUUUGAAUAGUUGAACUUCCAGAAUCCCUAAAGAGGGUGGAUUGCAUUCCUUAAAUUCACCUACCAAAAAGAACAAAGCUGCGUCUGCAGGGUUUUUUGUACUCCUUUUACUAUAAUUCUCUGCUGUUACAAAUUUGGCUUUCUGCUAUAUAUUCCACCAUCCAUUAUUCUUAAAAGGGAAGUUGUAAGGUUUUCAAAAAGCUUUCUGUGGGUCUGGUGGCAUUAUAACUACAGACAUGCUUGUUAAUAAUGACCACAGCAUUAAGGUGUUUGAAGUACUUUAAUUAUUUAUCCCAGAAAAGGAAUUAAGGAUGCAUCUAAUGAUAGGAAUUGUGAAAUGUAACAAGAUAAGGAUAAAUGAGAAGGAAGAAUAAAAUUAGAAUCAAAUUGGAUACAGAAAUGAGGCCAAUGAGAAGAUGUAGCCAGCAAAGGGGAGGAGGGUACCCAAUGGACUAUGGUGGAAUUUAGUGGAGAGUUAUUGCUGCUUUGGUGGUGAGCAUGUGUGGUAACAUACAUUUGAAGAGAUGUGAACAUAUACCCUGAAACCUACAGUGUUAUAAGUCAACAUUACCACAAUAAAAAUAACUGAAAAAAAAAGUGACCUGUCAAACUUACUCCUUAGCCAAAGGUGAAUGCAAAAUUUUUUUUUCUCUCAACUAUUAGCUGACGUGAAAAAGGAUCCUAAUCUGUUUCACAAUUUGUAACAUCCAGAAAGAAGAAGGGAGAAGAUUAAUUGCUGAAAAGAAAGAAUCCCAGUUAUAAAAGGAGACAUGUAAUGAAAUUCUCAACUAUAUUGUCACAAAAGUAACUAUAACCAGUGUCCUCUAAACACUGAUAGUGUAAAUGCACACCAGCAAAGUCCAGGC